ACUCUCUGGUCUCUCUCUGCUCCUACUCUCAUUCUCGGAACCCUCCUCCACGCCCAACCUUCAAAAACCUAAGUUUAGGGUUAGGGUUUUUUCUUUUCUUUUAAAUGUAAUGCUUCUUCGUAAGUUCUUGAGGCCAUCUCGAAAACAGCAAUGUACGGUCACCCGCAACACAUGAGCAUGCACAACCAGAUCGCCGGCGACGACGACGACGGCGCUGCUUCGGAGUCCAUCGAUAAUCCUCAUGUCCAUUAUGAUGCCCACGUUCUCCAAGACGGAGUCGUCCCCGGCAUGGAAGUCGCCGGAGACGUACCCUCCGACGCUGUGUACGUCGCCGAUGGCUCCGAAGUCGCUCUUCAACCCAGCGACGCUACCAAUCAGCUUACGCUCUCCUUCCGCGGCCAAGUUUAUGUUUUUGAUUCUGUUACGCAUGAAAAGGUUCGAUCUGUGCUAUUACUUUUGGGGACACCAGAACUAUCUUCCAUUGCACAUAAUAUGGAAAUAGUACCUCAAAAUCAGAGGGCUUUAACAGACUUCCCUGGACCAUACAAUCAACCUCAUAGAGCAGCUUCUUUAAAUAGGUUCCGUCAAAAGAGAAAAGAGCGGUGUUUUGAUAAGAAAAUUAGAUAUAAUGUCCGCCAAGAAGUUGCACUCAGGAUGCAGCGAAACAAGGGUCAAUUUUCUUCGUCAAAGAAGUCUGAGGGAACUUUUAGCUGGGAUUCUGUCCAGGAUUCUGGACAAGAUGAGAGCCCUCCUGAAACCUUAUGUACACAUUGUGGCACCAGUUCAAAGUCCACUCCAAUGAUGCGACGUGGGCCAACUGGUCCGAGGUCUCUCUGCAAUGCAUGUGGGCUUUUUUGGGCAAACAGGGGAUCUUUGAGGGAUCUUUCCAAGAAAAACCAGGAUCAUUCUCUGAACCAAAUUGAGCGGGGUGAUGGUGAAGCUAAUGAUUCUGACUGUGGAACUAGUGGAUACAUAAAUAACAAUCAUGUUGCUUUCUCAAAUAGUGAUAACCCGGCUUUAAUACCUGAGCAGUAACUGUCAAGCUCCCUCACAAGAAAGGCUUCUGCCAUUACCUCUAGCAUCAUUCAAAUGAAGUACAAAGGUGUUUUAGUAAUUUCUUCUACUUGUCUUUAUAUAUGUACAGGUAUAGUAGUGGCUUAAUCAAUAUAUGAGGUUCUCUCUUUGUAUUUCUUUUACACUCUUUGGGUACUUUUAAUUGUAUAAGGCCUUGGUACAUGUUUGGCAAUUCUACGCCCUUCCAUUUUUUUGCCUUUUGGGGUUAAUUCUGUGUGCUAAUAUUUUCACACAAAAAGGCACUGUUGGGUUAGAUUCUAUCCACCCGCCCAUCCCAUCUAUUUCUUAAACUCCUUUUAUGUUUGCCCAGUCUGGUUUAGGAAAAAUUAACUUGGUUGUCACCAUCAGUCAAUCCUAUUUUGAACUCAUAAACCAAAUUAUGUUAUAUCAUUCUUCAACACUUUGCUGCCUUUUUAGAUUUA